AUGGCUAACUUAACAUUUACUUUCAUGUUGUUGAUGCUUCCAUUUGUGUUUGCAGCUAUUCAAGUUGGAGCUCAGCAACAGCCCUCCAACAUAACCUUAGGUUCUUUUCUUUAUCCGAACCGAAAUCCAAGUUAUUGGCCAUCUUCUUCAGGCCUUUUCUCAUUUGGUUUCUACCAAAAAGGGGAUGGAUUUCAAGUUGGCAUAUGGCUACCUGAUAAAACUGUUGUUUGGACUGCAAAUAGAGAUGAUCCUCCACUUCAUUUGGAUGCAUAUAUCGAGUUCACAAAGGGAGGCAAACUUAUACUAUGGACAAAACAGAACAAAAAAAUCAUUGCAGAAUCUCCACAGCCAGUAACUUCAGCAUCCAUGCUUGAUUCUGGUAACUUUGUUAUCUAUAACAAAACAAUUGUUGUUUGGGAAAGUUUUGAUUAUCCAACAGACACCAUCCUGGCCGGUCAGCGUCUAACAUUGGGCCAGAGCCUUGUCUCUAGUGUUACUGAAGUUGAUCAUUCAAGUGGAAGAUUUUAUCUUAGUAUGCAGGCUGAUGGGAACCUUGUUGCCUACCCAACCAAUUAUCUUAAUGGACCUGAGGCUUCCUAUUGGGGUUUUAUGCUACAAAGCAGAGGUGAAUUUGGUGAGGUUAGCUCAGUUUUCAUAGGUCUUACUCCAACAGGCCAACUCUUUCGGAAUGCUUCUAAUGGUUUUCGUUUCCAAGUCAAUACCAUAGGGAAUACCUCUAAUCAAUCAUCAACCAACAAAGCAGCAGCAAUUUAUCGCGCAACUCUUGAUCCUGAUGGGAUUUUUAGGCUUUAUACACAUAACUUUGACAACUCAAGCUUGGAAAUCAAUUGGUCAGCGCUGGAAAACCAAUGCAAAGCCAGGGGAUUCUGUGGUUUAAACAGUUAUUGUACUGCAAAAAAUGGCAGCAGCAUAGGCGAUUGUUCUUGUUUUCCUGGAUUUUCAUAUGUCAACCGUGCAAUGAAAUUCCAAGGCUGCUAUCGGGGAUUCGUUUAUGAAGAGUUUUGUGGAAGCAGCAGAGACUCAACAUUGGCCUACAAUGUCACGGCGAUUCAACACUUGAAAGUUGGAGGAUAUCCAUUUUCUCAGGUUUCAAUGGUUGAGCAGGACUGUAGAAAUUCUUGCUUGGAUGAUUGUACUUGUUGGGCUGCUCUAUACAUGAAUGGAGUUUGCAGCAAAUUUAAGCUUCCAUUAAUUGAUUCGACAAUUGAACAAAAUGAUGAGUCCAUCAAGAGCUUCGUCAAGCAGAGCUAUAACAUCUCCCAAAUGGCAGGUCACUCUACUCCCUAUCCUGGAAAAACAGGGAAUAGAAAUGAAAGUCGGAAAGAGAUAAUAUUGAUUCUAUCCCUGGUUCUUGGUUCUGUAGCAUUUCUGUUCACUGUUUUUGCAAUUUUCAGUUAUAUUUUCUACAGAAGCAGAGCGGACGAAUACCAAAAGCUAUUGGAAAAUCCAUAUUUGGGGCCAAAUGAGGAGUUCACUCUUCGAUCAUUUUCUUACAGUGAGCUUGAGAAAGCCACUGAACAUUUCAAGGAAGAGAUAAGACAUGGUUCAUUCGGGAACGUCUAUAAAGGAAUUCUAUCAGAAGGUAACAGAACAGUUUCUGUAAAACGACUGGAGAAAAUCGGGGAUGAAGGAGAAAGGGAAUUUAAAGCAGAAAUGACUGCGAUUGGGCAAGCUCGUCACAAAAACUUGGUUCAUUUGCUUGGUUUUUGCUUGGAGGGAUCAGAAAAAAUUCUUGUGUAUGAGUACAUGAGCAACGGGUCACUCGCAGAUAUCAUAUUCAAUUCAGAAACAAGACCUUCUUGGGAGCAAAGGAUGAGACUUGCACUGGACAUAUCAAGGGGAAUACUUUAUCUGCAUGAAAAGUGUGAGACUUGCAUAAUUCACUGCAACAUAAAGCCACACAAUAUCCUAGUAGAUGAUUCGUGGACGGCUAAAAUCUCUGAAUUUGGGCUUGCAAAGUUUCUGGUGCCUGAUCAAGUAGGAAACCAACUUCAGCUUAAAGGAACAAGAGGAUAUUCAGCACCAGAGUUGCAGAAUAGUGCAUUGAUCUCCGAUAAGGUAGAUGUUUAUAGCUACGGAGUAAUGCUCUUGGAGAUCAUAUGCUGUAGAAGUAAUAUGGAUGUCAACGUCUCAACCGAGGAUGAAAUCUUUCUUCCUAAUUGGGUACACAAAUGCUUUGUCGAGAAUGAUAUCAGAAAGCUAGUGGGAGAUAAGGAAGUAGAUCAUGCGAAGUCCUUGGAGAGGAUGGUGAAGGUUGGAUUGUUAUGCAUUCACGAUAAUCCUGAUCUGCGCCCUUCUAUGAGGAAUGUAGUUCUCAUGUUAGAAGGUACUAUGGAUAUACCAUUUUUGGCAUGGUAUUAA